UCUUGGAUUGGUCAUAGCUCUGGAGUGAAAUGGAAGCUACUGUAAGACUACAAUACAAGAUUGACGUGGCUUUGUAGGUUAACUUUACCUGUUUGAAAACCCAGUCACAGCAUCGUUCGUUUGAUGUUGACGGCACGUGAUCAUAGGUCAAUAUAGGCCAUGACACCGGCAGGUAAAGGUGACACAAACCCCCAGGGAGCAGAGUUGUUACGAGUUAGCACACAGGGAAGUUUGUUUACCGGUAGUUCCUGUUCCUACAUUCUUUGGAUCCAAGGAAAAGCCGAACUACAAAUCAACCCGAUCGAUGACUUCAGCUACGAAAAUGUUAUUUGUUGUUGGGCGUGUAGAAGUUUACCUGGUGCUCUUUCAGCUUGUAAACAUGCAGACGGUGGCUGCUUUCACACCUGCUCCAACUGGUCCUCCGCCGCCCACAAAUCUCCAGUUCACGACAGUUGGCACAGACAUCUUGGAAGUGUCCUGGACGGCCUCUAGUUCUGCUGCUACCUACAGAGUGACCUAUGAGCCGGUCGGAGGGGCUGAGACUGUCUCUGUGGCUUCCACCACUGACAACCCUUACACUAUCACGGGUCUGACUGCGGGAACCCUGUACACUGUUAGAGUGUAUGGAAUCUCCAACGGCGUGGAAAGCGGUCCACUGCAGGGAGAUCAGGGAACGAGUGAGUGUAACUAUUGUCAUGACAUUGCAAGACCCUCUCUUACUUCAGUACUGUUUGUCUUAGAAAGCGUCUAUCGAUUUUCUUUACAUAAAGCUAUCGGCUUUUGAACAAAACGAUCCUGACUUUAUUGUGAACUGUUUAAGACAACUGGACUGG